UGCAAACAUCAACCACCGAGAAAAAUGAAGCAGACAAAAGGUACGUAAUAUAGAGUGGGCACGGUAGCAUCGCAAAGAUGCAGCCUUCAAAUCCGUUUCUGUUUAUUCUACAGAUAGGCUUCCUGCUGUUCCCCACGGGCCUUACACCGGCGUGCUACGAGCUACAAGCAUCGUCUCGAGCUGCUUUUAUCGGAGACAAGUAUCUGCUGAUGCACCCAGUCUCACUCGACGAAAGCUACCGGCCCUUCCAUGAUGGCGCUGGUGUCACAUCGACAGAUAAGCUUGGAUCACCGAUGACGACAGCAUGGAGCGACCCUAUAAAGCAGGACGCAUACGGCACAGCUGGCAGCGGGCACGGUAGCAUCGCAAAGAUGCAGCCUUCAAAUCCGUUCCUGGUUAUUCUACAGCAGGUAAAACUUCUUCUCAUUUGCUUCGUUGCCAAGGCGUGGGCACUCCGGCACCACUCAGCAGGAUACCAGGGCCCCGGCUAUGGUGGCUACGGUGGAGACGGUGGAUACGGAGGCUACGGCGGCUACAACGCUGCUACGGCCGGCGCACCUUACCAGGGAUACGGCGCUUCCUCUUUUCCACCUCAGCCGUACAGUUUUGGCUACGACACGCGGACGAGUUCGGCAACCGGCAGUUCCGUAGCGAGCAGGGCGACGCCAACAACGUGAAGACUGGCUCGUAUGGAUACCGUGAUGUGAACGGUCUCUUCCGGCGCGUCAACUACAUCGCCGACGCCAACGGCUUCCGCGCCACAGUGGACACCAACGAGCCGGGCACGGCACCGGGAGCCAGCGCGGACGUCGUGUUCAACGCAUCGCCAGUUGUCCCACCGGUUCCUGGUGGUGCUCAGAACACAUAUGGCGCGGGCGCAGGAGCGCCCGGUUACAACGCUUACGCCGGAAUCGGCAGUGACGGAUACGGCCCCUCCAGUAGCGCAGCUGGAGCCUUCGGGUACGGCGGCUAGAGCGCAACGCCUACCCACCACAUGGGCCGGCUAUCAGUGGCCACGCCUACGGGGGUCACGCCCCGCAAGAGUACGGUGCGCUUGAUUGUGCUCCAGGUGGAUACUGGCCAGCUGGCUACGGUGGAUUGGCUGCAGGUCACCGGGGCUUCAGCCGUCGCAGAUAAAUAUGCUGCGCGAUGACUGGAAAGCAGUACGUGCGGGUGACCUUCGGUUUGAUUGCAAUU